AUGAUUCUGUGUAAAGUAUUGAAAGGCUUUAAUCAAACUAAACACCUCUUUAACGCUACAAAAAGUUACAUAUCUCAGGCUGGAGUUGUGACAGUUGCGAAGUUACCAAAUGGAGUACGAGUGGCUACUGAAGAAACCGGCGGCCCAUUGGCUUGCCUAAGACUGUUUAUACAAGUCGGUUCAAGGUACGAAAAUUCGGAUUCCAAUGGUAUCUGUCAUUUCAUAGAACACAUGGCAUAUAAAGGCUUUAAUUCCAUGAACAAACAGAAAUUGGAACAUACGCUAAGCCAUCUAGGUGUCAAAAUGGAUGCAAUAACAUCAAGAGAGUAUCAAGUUUUCUCAGGAAUCUGUCCCAGCGAAUGCUCCAAUGAAGUUGUGGAUAUAUUAGCUAAGAUUCUUACAGAUCUAGAAUUAUCGGAACAAGAAAUGGCAUGUGAAAGGCUAAACAUUGAAACUGAAUUACUCGAUUUAGACAUAGAUCCGAAAACAGUGAUGUUUGAGUAUUUAAAUGAAACUGCAUUCCAAGGGACCACAUUGUCACGACGAGUUGCCGGACCAACGAGAAAUUUGGAAAGAUUCAAUCGAGCUUGCGCUUAUCAUUUCCUACAAAAAAACUAUACACCUCUACGCAUAGUCCUCGCUUCAUCAGGUGGGGUAUCCCAUCAAAGCAUAAUGGCCCGGGCUGGACAAAGUUUUUGCAAUUUGCCGAGCGAUAAUGAUCAAUUGGAUCACGGUCCAUGUCGUUUCACGGGAUCCCAAACUUUAUAUCGUGACGAUUCAAUGCCAUUCGUUCACGUUUCAUUAGCCUUUGAAGCAGCCGGUUACACGAGCGCUGAUUACUUGCCUCUUUUAGUAGCGAAACAUAUAAUUGGCUCCUAUCACAGGAGUCAAGGUGGAUCUGAGCGCCAUGCACCUUAUCAAGCACAGGCUUCCUCCAGUGUGUCGUGUGAAAGCUAUGAGUGUUUUUACACAGCCUAUCGCGACGUUGGUUUGUGGGGCACGUAUCUGGUGUGCCCUCGUAUGUCUGUUGAAGAUUGUAUUUACCUUGUCCAAGGCACUUGGAUGCAUUUGUGCAUCACGACGAGGGAUGCCGAUGUACAGCGAGCUGUGAAUGCGGCUAAGCUGGAGUUAGCGAAACGAGCAGAUGGCGUUGUUAACUCAUCUUUCGAUAUCGGCAUGCAGGUCCUUUUCAAAAAUGAGAGAGAAUCUUUGUCAGCUACUUUUGAACAACUCUCGGCUCUUACAGCUAGCAUCAUUAAGGAUGUUGCCUACAAUUACAUUUAUAACAGAACCAUCGCGGUUAGCGCUGUCGGACCAACGGAAGCCAUACCUGACUAUAACAGAUUACAAGCUGGUACUUAUUGGUUGAGAAUUUGA